AUGGGUGAGAAGCUUAGUGAUGAUUCGACAGCCGUCACCAGGUCCGGCGAGAGCGUUUUCAUGUCUGUUUUCCGAACGAAGAUUGCCGACCAUUAUCGUUUGGUCACUGUCACUUGGUGCAAGAAACUGUUACUCCAUGGUCUUUCAGUAUCAGUGGAAGGUCCCCAGGGAGAGAACCAGUAUGGGUGUAAAGUUGAGCUUAAACCAUGGUGGUUUUGGAGAAAACAAGAUUCCAAACGCUUAUUAAUCGAUGUUUGUAAUGGACAAGUUGUUUUACUUGUUGGGGAUCUAAAGAAGGAAGCUUAUAGGAAAACUGGUUGCAGGCCUGCACUUAUCGAUCCCGUUUUGGUUUCAAGAAAAGAGCACAUAUUUGGGAAAAAGAGAUUCUCAACAAGAUCUAAAUUCCAUGAAAAAGAUGGUGUUAUUGUUGAGCCUGAAAUGGAGAUGAGAAUUGAUGGGAAUUUGGCCCUUCAUGUCCAGCAUCUUGAAUGGAAAUUCAGAGGGAAUGAAUCCAUCAAUGUCAACAGAAGAAGAUUACAGGUUUACUGGGAUGUUCAUGAUUGGCUUUUCAGUCCUGGUUUAAGACAUGCCUUGUUUAUAUUCAAGCCUGUUUUGUCAUCGUCCUCGUCGUCAUCGCCGUUAUCGUUGUCGUCAUUGUCAUUGUCGUCACAAACAGGGAGCAGCGGUUCAUUAGAAGGACUCAACAAUGGUGACUCACCAGAGUUUUGCUUGUUUCUUUAUGCCUGGAAGAUUGAAUGA